AUGCAAAAGACGCCGAGUCAAGCCGAGACAAAUCCAGAGCACGAGAGUCACCAUGUUGUCACUGCUAUCCGCCAUCAUGGGAAAGCUCUCCAGGGCUUCAAUGAGACUCUUUACUCCGCCAACGCAAGUAAUGGUGAAGCGCUCGUCUUGUUCACGACUCUGAAUGUUUUCUACACCUUCGCCAUAAACAAAAAGCCCGAACUAGACGCCAACGACAUAUCACGCCGCAGGGCUAUUCUUCUUGGUGCUGAAUGGAUCCCGAUGGUUCGCGGCGUCGGCACUGUCCUUGGCACAGUUUUCGAACAUAUUCGCUUUGGCCGCCUGGAAAAGCUAUUCAAGAUCAACAACUGGGAUAGCCUGGACCCCGAUGACAUGGCUGCCUCUGAAUACUUUGAUGGAAUCGAGGUGGUGUGGGCUCAAAGCCAGCGCGAUGACAUCGCCAUGUACGAGCUCGUGCUGCACCUUCUAAAGAAAUGCAGAAUGUUCAUGGUGCAGUUCCAAGGCGCACGAAUUGAUGACAUAGAUGAUUCAAACUACAACCGACAGUGGGCCGGUCCCUUGGUAUUCAUUCAUUGCGUGCCUGAGCAGUACUUUGAGCGGUUGCAACAACGGCAGCCUCCGGCCCUUGUGCUAUUUACAUUCUUCGGCGCCAUGUUAAACUCGCUGGACCACAUUUGAAUCGCCAAGGCCUUCUAG